UUAUCGUACGGUCGGGUAGAACAUUGUUGUAGAGAAAAUCACUCGCAUUUAACUCGGAAUCGUGUUUCUAUUCGAGUGAUGAAUGAUGCAUAUCGCGAGUGAUUGCUAGAAGUUACUGUGACAUGUGCUAUCUGAUCGAAAAAAUUACGCAUUUUUUGAAAGUUGAUCUAUAUUUAUAUUGGGUGUACUUUUGUGUUUCUUGACGAAAAUUGCUAUUUCAAUACGCGAGUAUGUCACCAAAGCUGAUUCGUGCAUCACAUGCAUCGUCCAGUUCGGAGAGACGCGAGCAUCUGUACAAGAUCCUGGUGAUCGGAGAGUUGGGCACUGGGAAGACAUCCAUCAUCAAACGCUACGUUCACCAGUUCUUCAGUCAGCACUACCGAGCCACUAUCGGUGUGGACUUCGCGUUGAAGGUGCUCAACUGGGACGCCAACACCGUCAUACGUCUACAGCUAUGGGAUAUUGCAGGGCAAGAGCGGUUUGGCAACAUGACCAGGGUGUACUACAAGGAAGCUGUGGGAGCCUUCAUCGUGUUCGACGUGUCGAGGAUGGCCACCUUCGACGCUGUUGUCAAGUGGAAGAACGAUCUGGACACGAAGGUGCAACUUCCAGACGGUUCGCCGAUACCGUGCAUUCUUCUUGCAAAUAAGUGUGACCAGCAGAAGGAAGGAAUUGCUAAUUCACCGGCCAAGAUGGAAGAGUACUGCCGUGAGAAAGGUUUUGCCGGCUGGUUUGAGACCUCCGCCAAGGAAAAUAUCAACAUCGAGGAGGCUGCCCGGUCAUUAGUUAAUAAGAUACUUCUUAACGACAAACUACUUCAGAACAAUGACAAAGAUGGGGAAAGGUUCGCGCUGGAUCACAAGAUUGCCAACGGCGAGAACAAUCGGGACCAGGGCAACGGCAAAUCCUGUACGUGUUGACCGCAACGCUCUCUCUUGAAGGUUUAUCAAUUGCCUUACAAACAAAUAAUUCCUUGUAUUUUUAGUAAUUUGCUCAGAAUUAACUACUGCAUCGAGACCUCUGUUUGUUAAUUAUUAUUUUGAAAAUGUUCACCAUUUUGGCAGUUUUCACUAUGUUGCUGUUUUAUGUCAUGUUAUGUUAUAUCAAGGUUAGUAUUGCGGUAUCGAUUCUGUAUUUAUUUUUAAUUCAUUACUCUUAAUACUUGCACCUAUUCUAUUACUCUUUUUAAAUAUAUUAUGGAGUAUUACUUAUAUUGAUUAUUAUUAUUGUAUUUUUUCUAUGUAUUUUAAUUAAAUCUCUUGGUACAUCGUAGGCAUAGACAUACACUUCAAAGCAAACACAUUUCAAGCUGCCGAUCAUAUUGUAUGCGGAUAAUGCUCCAUCUAGAUGUAUACAUCUAUGAUUAUCAGACUUCGCAUUAAAUUGAUUACAAAAAAUAUAUGUAUUUUUAUACAGAGACAUUUUCUGGAAGUGUCAGUUUCUAGAAUUUCAUCAUAGCUUGUGUUUUGUUUUGAUAUUUUAUGAAAAUAUGUCUGGUUAGUAAAUAUGUAUAGGUUUUGCUUGAAUGUUAUGUUUAUUUGUAUAAUAUCAGUAUAGGUUCACUAAAGGCCAUAAAUUUUUCCAUGGGCAGCUUAGUACCCGUCCAUUUCUGUGUUAUUAAUAAACGCGAAAUAAAGUCAUUCCAAAUUUAAAACUUUUUGUCUUUAUCUUACCUAUGUCACUACAAAAUUACAUGACAGGGAGAAGUGAUUUUUGACGUAACUUUUCAUUGCGCUUAUUAAUAAGACAGUUUAUGUUUUUAUCUUCUUAAAACGUAAUGUAUGUGAAAUCUGUUGAGACUGUUGGCCUUUGUUUAACUUGAAACUUGGUUGGAGGCUGUACUAUCCGUAUUAUGGGCGGAGCCACGGAUAAGCUAAGAUAUAAGCUAGCUAACUCUACAGUUGAUAUUAAAAAGUCAUCAACAUCAUCUUGAGACAAGAAAUUAUCGUCCAGUUAUUUUAUUUCAUAUGACCUUUUCAUUUUGUAGUUAAGUAUUCGACCCCAACCAGUCAUAUAAUAUUUAUUAAGCACAGGGCAUUAUUACUGUACAAUUAGAAAAAUGUAAAACUUACUUUUAUAGCCCGUUGAAGUAUUGUUGGUCGACGAAAAUAGUGUGAGAGAGAUGGCAAGUAUGUCGAGGUGUAAGUGAGAGUGAAGUGAAUAUAUUCCCGACGCGCAAUGGUAUAGUAAUAUUUUGAGUUAGUUUCACUACGUAAUACUACUUUCCGUGUAUUCCAUUUAAUUUUAAUCUUCGAUUUUAUUUACGUAGGUUAAAAUGAUAUUAUAUUUUUAAAUCAAAUCAAAAGUUAUAUUUAUGUCAAGCCUCAAAAGUGUCCUAGUUGGGACACAUGUUGACAGCUACGUUUAUUUCCACUUGCGCGCAAGUGACAUAAACAUACUAAAUCCGUCUCUUUUAAUGUUUUAAUCACGAUUUUCAUUUUCACAUCAUUUUAACGUGUUCGUAUGCUAUGCGGGACGUUUUUCGAUUGUUUUUGGUAUACUAUAUUGUAAUUUGUUUGUAUGUUUAGAAAACAUUGUAUUUACUGAUGAUGGAGUCGUUAGCGAUUAUAUUGUCAAUCGAAGUGCCUCUAAAAUGAUCGAAUUUGUAUUAUAACCUAUUUAUAAUGUUACUAUGUUUAUUCGAAUUGGAAUUAAUUUAUUAUACAGUGUUUCUAGAACAUAUUUGUUAUAGGUAUUUGUUUCUUUGAAUAGUAGGUAUGUAUGUAACGCAUUAAGUGUAAAUACCUAUUCAAGGUAAAAAGAGUCCUAUAUAAGUCUAUAAAAUUAAAGCGAAGAGCUAGGUAAAUAAUAACACGUCAUUUUACAUUCAACAAUUUUUCGGAUCCGUAAUUUGCCUAGUUAGUUUGGACAUAGAAGCCCCAAAAAAUAAAAAUGAAAAUAAAAACUAUUGAUCUCUCUCCAAAUUUCAGUCCACUUUGAAGUUGCUACGUGCACCUGCGUCCAUAGAUACAUAAGGCAUUCACCCCUCUGUGACCCUAUUUUUGUUACUGCGCAAUUGUUCGCAGCAACGUCGGACUGGACUUCAAUUUGGAAAGUCGUAUAAAAAUAUUUGUAAUAGUGCUAUGACAAAAUGUUGAACUUUCUAGAAACACUGUAUAACUAGGAAUACUUUAAUGAUUUUAUUACGUUACUUAGACAUGUAAGUUAUGUAUAUAGGCGAUUAAUGCUGUUUUUGAGACAAUUUUAUAAGUAUAAUCGUAGCCUACGUCUUUGAACUGUAAAACACUAUAAAUAAGAUUAUUUUAUUUAGUCUCCUAAUUAAGUAGGCCUUAAUAUUAAUGAUUGUAAAUGAUAUUCUUUUGAAAUCUGUUGUCGAACACUUGUUGUGCCAUGUCGGGCUAAAGUCAUAAUAAUUAUUGCUAAGUUAUGUUUUAUUAUUAUUUACGAUAAAAUCUUAGAAUAUUUUAUAGAUGGAGUCGUUCGAUGCGUCAUGCCUUACACAAAAUGAAUGAUCGAGCGGUAGAUUUAUGAGCUCAUGAUGAUGGCGUCUCCAUUUUGCUAAAUACUCUAAGAAUAUAUUAACUGAAGUGACAUUGACGGCUUUUGUUUUAUCGCUAGUUAAAAUGUUAGUUAAAAAUCAUUCGGCAAUUUAAGUGAAAUUGACAAACUUAAGGUCUAUAAUCGGUUGUGUAUUGAGUUUAAUAUAAAGUUUAUUAACUAGUGUUGAAACAACAGCUUGAGUGUUUAUUGUGCGCAAGAGUGGAUUUAUUACAGAAUAAAUUGUUUUACAUAUUG